CUUUCCAACAAUGCCAGCAUGCGCUGACGCAGGGAUGACAGCAUUGGAUCACAAGCUGCACAUGAUUCUGCAGAGUUCCCAAGACUAUACCCGUCGCAUUGACAACAUGGAGUUCGCUCGAUUCCCUCGUGCGUUUGCAUACAUUACGUUGACGAUGGAGCGCCUCGACGCGAAGCUACAGCAAGCGGUCCAAGCAUUUCACACAUCAGUGGACAUACAUGCAAACGCCAGUUGCACGGUUAUGCUAACUCGCAGUACUGUAUUUGUUGCAACAAGUCACCUCAAAGCCAUCGAACGCAUUGCAAACGAGUAUUACCUUGGCUGGAUGGCGAUAGAAUCUGCGAUACCGUCAACAACCUUCGAGGCCACGAAUCCUUCGGAUCGUGCGUCAACGAGCCGUCCUGCAUUGCACCGUGAAUCACGAAAUGCUCUGUCAAUUGCUUCCAGCUUCCCAUCGAUCCUCGACGGAGUCUUGAGCUUAAGCAAGUUGGCAGGAUUCCUCCAACAAGACAUGGCCUCCAUGGAAUUUAAGCAGUCUCAUCCCACGGCGCCAGCAGCGACUCUAGCUGUAUUUGAACUCGAAAACGCAUGUCCAUUUGCAUUUGUGGUCGCGUCGUUGACCGUUGCGUUCGUUCUUCAUGGAACGUGGUACUUGUGUUCAAUUUCAGUUCAACGAGAUUUGAAUGAGGCGUUGGAAUCAGGCGCAGCAUCGACAUGUACGCAUGUAUUUGGCUAUGACAGUCUUAAGAGUCCGUCGUUAGUGCGCCUUCGGGUCAACUUGCCGAAUAUGGCGCGAUGCUCCACCACCACCAGACUGUCUUCGUCGUCAUCACGUCAUCACGGCACUUGCUUUGUCGAGUGGGAUCUCUACAAGGACACUGUGCACGUGUCCGUGGCAUCGCCGUCGGCCGUGAUCGAUGCUGCGUACUUUGCAUGACACACCAGCGCCUAUUUAGCCCAUGGACUUAAGUUUUAACAUGAGUUUAUCCAGCUGGAAGGCCUGGGUUCGUUCGAGUCGUUCGAGGCGGUGCACACGGUCGCAUCGGGGGUCUGGGACCUCGGCAUCCUUUGAAAACGCCUGACUUUGCGACCACUGCAGGAACCCCGCUUGAAUUUCCACGAGCUCUGUGACAAGGUGGACGAACUCCCUUCGAAGCAGCACGACUCGAGUGAUGCUUUGUUCACGCUUCUGGGCGUAAAAGCCAAACAUCGCACGCAGCGCGUGCUCAUGCUGGAACCAGAACAUCGGGCCAAAGUACUCGCAGAUGGCGCCGUGGAACGUCGAGCUCACAUCGAGGCCAUGCCGGUCGUGCAGAGCAAUCGUCGCGUGGACGUGGUCGCCCCACUUCGAGUACAAAUCGUGCACGGCCAGCAACCCCGUCGAUGGAGCCACCACUUUGCCGUAUCGGAUCACGGCGGGCGUG